GUGUUUUUGGUUUAAAUUUUUUUUAAUUCACUCAAUCUUCAGUAUUGGUCCUUACCCCCGGGGCCCCAUGAGGUUGGUAUCCGAAUAUCAGAGUAUAUAAAUGGUGCGUCUGUGCACUUCAAGAGCAAAUCACCCAGCAAUACAAACACACUCAAAAUGUCCCCACCAACUGCUACCACCACCGAUGAAAUAAUCCAUUCCUUGAAGGCUACCAACCUCAAUAAUAUCGCCGAUGAGGGCAAAGAAAUCCUCGUCGAUUUGACGAAGGGAAAGCCAGCAGGUGGUUAUUCUCCCUUUGCUCACCUCCUUCCAGCUCCAACCCUCGCUCGUUACAAGAAGUACGGUAUUGAUACUAGCAAGGGUUACCCUGAAGCCCCACCUCAAAGUGAAAUCCCAACCUUUGUCGACGAAGCCUAUGCGGUCAGAAGCGAAGGAUUCCUGUACGUCGAGCGUGGGAAGAAUGCCGACCCCGAGAAGAAGGCAUUGUUUGGAGCAGCCACCGAGGUUCGUCACUUGACCAAGCACAUCGGGACCGAGAUUGUCGGAUUGCAGUUACAAGCCUUGACGGACCAACAGAGAGAUGAAUUGGCCCUCUUGAUCGCCGAAAGAGUGGUGGUCUUCUUCCGCGAUCAGGACUUGUCUCCUCAGAAGCAAUUGGAGUUAGGCGAGUACUACGGCCAGGUGGAGAAGCAUCCACAGGCUGUGCACGUUCCAGGUCUUCCAGGUAUCACCAUUAUUUGGCCAGAGUAUUACUACCAAACCGGUGUUAAGAAUUCCUUUAAGCGUAUCGGAUACACGGGUGUUUGGCACACUGACUUGGUCCAUGAACACCAACCAGCGGGGAUUACCCAUCUUCAUAACGACACCAUCCCCGAGGUUGGUGGUGACACGGUUUGGUCCUCUGGCUAUGCGGCGUACGAUAAGUUGUCACCUGCAUUGCAGAAGUUUUUGGACGGCAAGAAGGCUGUUUAUGUUUCGGCUCACAGUUACUUUGACAGGAAUGAUCCAUUGAACGGGAAAAAGCGUGUCGAAAGAGAGCACCCUAUUGUCAGAACCCACCCAGUCACCGGGUGGAAGUCUCUCUAUCUCAACCGUGCCAUGACCGACAGAAUUGUUGGGUUGGAGCCGGGCGAGUCGAAGGUGCUUUUGGAGUACUUGUUUGGAGUGUUUGAAAAGAACUUGGAUAUUCAAGUACGUUUUAACUGGAAGCCAACAAAGAAGGGGUUAGGAACAUCUGCCUUGUGGGACAACAGAGUUUCGCAGCAUAAUGCCAUCUGGGAUUAUGAAAACACCGAACCGCGUCACGGAACCCGAGUAACAUCGUUAGCUGACCUUCCUCACUUUGACCCGGAGUCCAAGUCGCAGCGCCAAAGCUUGGGAUUGUCUCUUGAUUAACCUGAGACAUUGAAGUUACUGGCUUGGUCGAUAAAUAUCUAACCCAGUUUUGGGGGACUCAAAUUCAAAUCACAUGGAUUGGUUUUUUACAGUGCACGGUUCGGUCACUGUUGAUCAAUGAGAUAAG